UCGGGCGAAGACGAUCCAGGGGAAGAUGCCGGAUUACGAGGAAUAUCGUUCGGUCACUCUUACGCGAUUUUACAUGCGACUGAUCGGCCUCUGGCACCCGAAAAGCGACCGAGAGAGGACGCUGAUGAAUCUGGCCCUGGCUUUUGCACUUUUUCAAAUUCUUGUCGCAUGCGGCAUCCAGACAUCGGACCUCUACCACACUUGGAACGAUCUCUACGCAGUCACCUUGAACAUGUGCAUCACCCUUCUCAUAGUAUUGAUCUUUCUGAAAAUUUCGAAUUUCAUAUAUCAUCGGAGAACGAUGAUGAGGAUCAUAUCGUUCGCCGAGAAGAACUUUUGGCAGGUCGAUUACGACGAAUUCGGAAAGUCGAUUUUGCUCGAGUGCGACAGAAAGGGAAUGUUGCUCACGUACUUUUUCACAGUCAUAGUACAGAUGGCUUGUGCAGGACAUUUAAUUUCUCCGAUUGUCGAGAAUCGUGGGAAGAACGAAACCGACAGGGUCCUUCCCUUUAAGGUCUGGUUCGACUUGCCUUUAUCAACCACACCCUACUACGAAAUAACGUUUAUAAUCGAGGCCAUGGCGGCGUUAUACACGACAAUUUGUACAUUUUGCUUCGACAUUUUCCUCUGUACGUUCAACAUCCAUGCCGCUGGUCAGUACAAAAUACUGGCGCAUCGAAUUAGAAAAGUGGCUGACACUUACCUCAUGAAAUUGGAAUCCAAGAAACCGAUGGAACCUGAAAGUCUCCAACUGCUGUACAAUGAGUUUCGACAAUGCGCUGAUCAGCACAGGAUUCUGAUUUUUUACACGUUAAAUCUGGAGCAUGCGUUCACAAAACCGCUUCUGAGUCAGCUGAUCAUGUCCAGCUUAUUAAUCUGCUUCUCUUUGUUUCAGUUUUUGGCGUCGCAGACUCUAGUUAAUAAGUUCGUUUUCGUCACUCACAUCAUCGGCAAUAUCUCCCAGUUAUUUAUUUACACGUGGGCCUGUCACGAUGUCAUGGAGCAAAGUUCCAAAAUCGCGGAAUCCGCGUAUCAGAUGAGAUGGUACCUCCUUUUGCACGACGAUGCUGGGAAAUUUCUCUGGAGAGGUGUGAUGAUGAUGAUCAUGCGAGGACAUCGACCCUGCGUCUUGACUGCUGGGAAAUUCUGCCCGAUGAAUCUGCAAACGCUCACAAAGAUACUGAGCACGGCGAUGUCUUACUUCACUUUAUUGCGACAAGUAAGCGAGGAAGUAGAGGAUGCUAUUUACAUUACCUCCAACCUCGUGGUAGUAAUCAUGGUUAUGUCAAAACUGGUGAUGCUGACAAUACAACGGGGAGCCAUCAUUAAUCUUAUCCAGUACACGGAACGUAACAUAUGGCAAAUGGAUUGCGACGAGCAAGAAGACUCCAUUUUGAAGAAGUGCGACAGGAAAGGAAUCCUUCUGAUGUGUACUUUCGUGUUUUUCGACCACGUGACGUUCCUCGGCUUCGUGACACGGCCCGCCUUCGAGAGCAUGAAGGAAAACGGGACAGAACGAGUGCUGCCUUACGACAUCUGGUUUGACAUGCCUACGACCAUUACUCCGUAUUACGAGAUGCUCUUCGCCUUGGAGGUUUUAAAUACAUACGUCGUCGCAAUCUGUUACUUCUGCUUCGACAAUUUCCUGUGCUUGUUGAACAUCUUCGCCACGGGCCAGUUUCGAAUUUUGCAGCGCAGAUUGGAAACCGUGUGCGACGUGGACGAGAUUACCGACUCGAAAUCAAUGAUCGAUGAUAAUAGAAAAUCUUUCGUACCAUUCGUCCGCGGUAAUAAAUUCAGCAAACUGAAGGAGUGCAUCAGACUGCACCAAAAUAUGAUCAGAUACGUUGAAGAGGUGAAAGCCAUCUUCCAAAAUGUAAUACUAAUUCACGUACUACUCUCCAGCAUCAACGUGUGUCUCGUGUUAUUCCAAGUAGUGGCGCUGUUCUCGUUCGCCCUAACCUGCGACGAAAUUAUUCAGGAAAGUCUGCACGUAGCCGAUGCGGCUUACAACGUGAAAUGGCACGACUCUUCCGUGAUCGACAAGAAACUUGCGACAUAUUUACAAAUCAUCAUCAUAAGAGCUCGUCGCUCCUGCAGCCUGACUGGAGCAGGGUUCUUUUCGGUGUCUCUCGAAACCUUUACAAAGUUUUCCGCGAUAAAGCUGAUAAAGAUCCUGAUGAAAUUUAACGGCCUCUGGUACACGGAGAGUCCUCGCGAGCGAUUAAUUUCUAACGUUGCUUUGAUCAAUGUAAUAGUGGUAAUGAUCGUGGCCCUGUUCACCAAAGGGAUGGAUUUUUUCUUCUCCCUUAACGACCUUAUCGCUCUUACAUACAACGUACCCGCUGCCAGUACGGUGCUAAGUGAACUCAUCAAGCUCCUGAUUUUAACCUUCUACAGACCUCGGGUUCAAGCGUUCAACGAGUUCACGGAUAAGUUCUUUUGGAAGACCGAAUACCCUUCCAUUGACAGGAGGGUGCUGAAGAGUUGCAACAUAAAGAGUUUCAUCGGCUGCAUGAUAUACUGUUUGAUAGCUCAAGUGAUCACUUGGCAUUACAUUACCGUGCCUAUAGUUGUGUCUGUCGGCAAGAACGUGUCCGAGAGAUUGCUGAUCCACAAGCUCUGGAUCAAUUUUCCUUUCCAAGAGACGCCGUAUUAUGAAUUGACCCUCGCCUGGCAGAUACUGGCGACGAUAUGCGUCUGCCUCUGCACCUCCACCUUCACUUCCUACGUGUACACGGUGAACAAUUUCGCUGCAGGUCAGUUCAAAAUUUUGCACCGGAAGUUGGAGGCCUCCUGCACGCUGCACCUUCCGGACGGGUCCUCGAACCUGGAGAAAAGCCAUUUCCAAAUCACUUCCCACGACGCUCGUACCAAUCUUAGGAACUGCCUGGAACGAUAUCGGUUAUUGAUUGACUACAUGAAAACCAUGGAGAGUCUGUGCAGUUUCGUCAUGCUCACCCAAAGUUUCAGCUCCGUCUUGCAGAUGUGCUUCUCUGGGUUUCAAAUAAUGCUGGGAAUGGGGACCUCCAGGUCCGCGACUAUUCUCAGCAUCGAGUACUGCACCAACAGCAUCCUGCAGAUCUUCAUGUUCGCGUCGUCCUGCGACGAAAUUAUUGUCAAUAGCACGGCCGUGGCUGAAGCGAUUCUCAAAUCGAGUUGGUACUCUCUACCUUGGGACGGAAGCGGGAAAGCAUUUAGGCAAGAAUUGCUCAUCUUGGUCUGCAGAGCUCGUCGGCCCUGCGUCCUGACCGUCGGCAAAUUCUGCCCCAUGUCGAUGGAGACCUUCAAAUCGAUCUUGAGCACGGCAGCGUCGUACUUCACGGUCCUACGCCAAGUGAACGAAUCGAAAUCGGCGGACCAUUAACAGGGAGCACGAUGAACGCGAUGUUGGAAAUUCAUUAUCUAUCGG